GAUAAAAAGAUUCCACUCACUCCAGGCUGCCGUGGGCUGGCAGACGGGCUGCACGGGACCAUGGAGUUCAGCGCCCUCCUCCUGCUGACUCUCCUCACUGGCCUCCUGCUUCUAGUGGUCAGGGGUCGCCCCAGGAGCCAUGGCCACCUCCCACCAGGCCCCCGACCUCUGCCCUUCCUGGGGAACCUUCUGCAGAUGGAUAGAAAUGGCUUGCUGAAGUCCUUCAUGAAGCUCCGGGACAAAUAUGGAGAUGUCUUCACUGUGUACCUGGGGCCCACACCUGCUGUUAUUCUGUGUGGGACAGAGACCAUCAAGGAGGCCCUGGUGGAUCAUGCUGACGCCUUCUCUGGUCGGGGAAAAAUCGCUGUGGUUGAUGCUGUCUUCCAGGGAUAUGGGGUGGUCUUUGCUAAUGGGGAGCGUUGGAAGGCCCUUCGGAGGUUCUCUCUGGCCACCAUGAGGGACUUCGGGAUGGGGAAGCGGAGUGUGGAGGAGCGAAUUAAGGAGGAGGCUCAGUGUCUGGUGGAUUUGCUUCGGAAAACAGGUGGAGCCCUCCAGGACCCCACCUUCUUCUUCCAUUCCAUCACGGCCAACAUCAUCUGCUCCAUCGUCUUUGGGGAACGCUUCUCCUACAGUGACCCCCAGUUCCUGCGGCUGCUGGAUCUUUUCUUUAAGAGCUUCGCGCUCAUCAGCUCCUUCUCCAGCCAGGUGUUCCAGCUCUUCUCUUCUGUCAUGAAGCACUUUCCUGGUACACACUCUCAGGUCUACAACAACCUGCAGGAGAUCAAUGCCUUCAUCGGGCGCAGUGUGGAGAGGCACCGAGAGACCCUGGACCCCAGUGCUCCUCGGGACUUCAUCGACACCUACCUGCUCAAAAUGGACAAAGAGAAGUCCAACCCCAACACCGAGUUUCACCAGAAGAACCUCAUCAUCACCACACUCUCGCUUUUCUUCGCCGGCACGGAGACCACCAGCACCACUCUGCGCUACGGAUUCCUGCUCAUGCUCAAGUACCCGCACAUCAGAGAGAGAGUCCACAAGGAGAUCGACCAGGUGAUUGGCUCCCAUCGCGCUCCAGUUCUCAAUGACAGAGUCAACAUGCCCUACACUGACGCAGUCAUCCACGAGAUCCAGAGAUUCGGGGACCUCCUCCCUAUUGGGGUGCCGCACAUUGUCACCAAAGACGCUCACUUCCGAGGGCACGUCAUUCCUAAGGGCACUGAAGUCUACCCUCUAUUGCACUCUGCUCUCAAUGACCUGAGCUACUUUGAGAAACCAGACACCUUCAACCCUGACCACUUCCUGGACGCUAAUGGGGCGCUGAAGAAGAUGGACGCCUUCAUGCCUUUCUCUAUAGGGAAGCGCAUCUGCCUCGGGGAAGGCAUCGCCCGUGCUGAGCUGUUCCUCUUCUUCACCACCAUCCUGCAGAACUUCACCGUGGCCACCAGCAUGGCCCCCGAGGACAUCGACCUCACCCCUAUGGAGUGUGGGGUGGGCAAGCUGCCUCCACUCUACAAGAUUCGCUUCCUGCCCCGCUGAGGGGACUGAGAGAACUGGGGUGGGGUGAGGCCAAGGGAUUCUGAGAUCAUUAAAUAUCUCCCCACUUUCAGAAA